AUUCUCGCGGAUAAAAAUGGCCGCAGUGUUGAUCCCGCAUUUGAAUAGUGUGGUGUGAAACUUUUUUCCACAUUUAUAUCGCGUUACUUUUAAAAAUAUUUUUUUAUCACUGAAAAUUAUAUCUAUACAGGGACGUGCACAAUUGGCACGAUGUCGGAGAGUACUAGCCCUAGUGUGUUAAGUUAUUUGCGACAAUAUAGAUUUCAAAGAAAACCUACACCUGGUUCUAGUGGAACAAUCACAGUUAUAAGACCGUCAGGUUCUCAGUCUCAGAUAAGAAUGCCAGCUCCAACUACUUCUAAUGGUCCAAUUGUAUAUAAGAGAAUAAGGAUACCCGAUUCAGAUUCUGAUGAUGCAGGCUCCCCAGCAAAAAGACCGGUUGUAGUGGAACUAACUACAGCAGUAAAAGAAAGAAGAUUUAGAAAUAUGGUUGAAAUGUUUCCAGAUAUAUCACCAUUGUUUGUUAAGAAUACAUUAGUUAAACAUGGCUGGAAUGAAGAGAAAACUCGUGAUGAGCUACUAAAGCAUGAUCCUGAGAGUGAUGAUAAACCUGCCACAUCCAGCUUCUUUGGCUCAAGGCCAGGUUUUUCUGGUGUAUCUAGGGUUAAUGGGACCACAAUAAUAAGGGUAACAAACAGUCAGGGGCAAACUGCUAUUGUAAGGAAAAAAGUCAUGCCUAAAGUUGGUGGGGUCAGACGAGGUAGUAGUGGUAGUGAGGAUGAUGACUACGGUGUUAGGAAAGGCAAAGACGAUAAAGUCUAUGAUAGUGAUGAUUCAGAUAAUGAAGUAACAGAUGAUCUUAUUGGAGACAAACGGAAAGUUUUUGAAUUCCUUAACACCAGCAGUUUCAAUGAACUGUCACUGCUUAGCGGUUGCUCACAAAAGAAAGCUGAGGCCAUUAUUGCUCAGAGGCCCUUCAAAGGAUGGUUAGACAUGGUACAAAAAUUUAAUGACAACAAAAUGUUGAGUACAGAUCUAUUAAAUUCAACCCAAGAGUUGCUCUGCACUAGGAAUAAUAUACAACGUUUGAUGAAGAAAUGUGUAGGUUUAGCCCAACAGUUGGAGGCUGCAGUUGCCGCUGGAGCGGGAAGACUAACACAACCUGGAAUUUUAGAUUCUAGUUUAACACUGGCCCCAUAUCAAUUGGUGGGUUUGAAUUGGCUUGCUGUGUUGCAUAAGCAGGGUGUUUCUGGUAUCUUAGCCGAUGAGAUGGGUCUAGGGAAGACUGUACAAGUGAUAUCCUUCCUCGCUCAUCUUAAAGAAACAGGACAAGCCAAGGGGACACAUUUGAUUGUUGUGCCUGCAUCUACUUUAGACAACUGGAGCACAGAGCUUGCCCGUUGGGUACCCUCAUUCCGUGUGAGCAAAUACUACGGCCCACCUGAAGAACGACGCUUGCUUCGUAUUGAGUAUGCCAAACGACUCGACCAAUACGAUGUGGUCCUGACUACAUACACAAUGGUAAGCAGUUGUCCAGAGGAACGGAAGAUGUUUCGUAUAACACCCAUGCACUACGUGAUAUAUGACGAGGCACAUAUGCUCAAGAAUAUGGCCACCCAACGAUAUGACAACCUGCUGAAGAUCAAGUCAAAACACAGACUGCUCCUAACCGGCACACCACUCCAGAAUAAUUUGAUAGAACUAAUGUCGCUGUUAUGCUUUGUGAUGCCUCAUAUGUUCUCCGGAAAGAGUGAUGAUUUGAAGAAUCUCUUUCAGAAGAAUUCUAAAGCAAAAGCAACGAAAAAAACUACUGAAAAAAAGGAGGAUGACGUACCGCCAUUUGAACAAAGUCAGAUAACUCAGGCUAAGCGUAUUAUGAAACCUUUUGUCCUGCGUCGGCUAAAAGCAGAUGUUCUCCAAGAUCUGCCGAAGAAAACUAAUCACAUGGUGUCCUGUUCCAUGUCUGAUAGGCAGCAAAGGCUGUACAAGGAACUUAUAGCUGCGUUUUCGUCUUCAAAAGAUGGAAUGGUUCACGCAACAACAGAACAGAGCGGCAUGUCAAUGAUGAUGGAUAUGCGGAAAUUGGCGAACCACCCACUUCUCCUCCGAUACCACUACCUGGACUCCCAGGUCCGGCAAAUUGCAGCCCGACUGGCCAGGGACCCGGGAUAUAAGGAGAAGAACGAGCAGUACGCGUAUGAAGACUUGCUCUGCCUGUCUGACUUUCAAAUACAUCUGCUGACGUUGCAAUAUCCUUGUAUCAAGUCCUUCUCAGUUCCCUCAAGUUUAAUAGAAGACUCGGGAAAAUUCAAGAAGUUGGACGAGAUGCUUCCCAAGCUGAAAGAGGAGGGUCACCGAGUGCUGAUAUUCAGCCAGUUUACCAUGAUGCUGGACAUCUUGGAACCUUACCUGCAGCUCAGAAGAUAUCGGUAUAUCCGGCUAGAUGGCAGCACCGCUGUCAAUGAUAGGCAAGAAUUAAUAGACCAAUACAAUAGCGAAGAUAUUUUCGUGUUCCUUCUAUCGACUAAGGCUGGUGGAUUGGGGAUUAACCUCACGGCAGCUGACACGGUCAUCAUUCACGAUAUUGACUUCAAUCCUUAUAAUGAUAAACAGGCUGAAGAUAGAUGUCAUAGGAUGGGUCAAACUCGUCCCGUGAACAUUUAUAGGCUGUUGAGUGCUGGCACAAUCGAAGAAGGCAUCUACCAAGUGGCACAAGAGAAGCUGACUUUAGAAAAACAUGUCACCGGAGUUGACGAAAAUGAACCUACAGAGCAAAAGAAUGUUGUACGUCUGCUGUCAGCUGCCUUAGGAAUAACAUCACCAACCAAAUGAUGUUUAAUUAAUGAAGCUAUAGUGACCUCAAAGUGAUAAAAAACAUACAAUAGUGCAAAGUGAUAAAGUGCUUAUUCACUAUGUAGUGAAUAAAUAUUUAUUAACUGGGACUGUUUUGUGUUUAAUUAAAAUAAGAUUCUAGAUAGAAAUGUUGAAUUUAUUAUUUACUACCCAAUGUAUGUGUCACAGAUGAUUUUGCAAAAUUAAAAGAUUUUUGACUAUUCAUUGGAUUUAUAAUUAGAUUAUUUCUUAAGUAUUGGAAUGCACAUUGAGUUAUGUAAAUAUUAUAAUGAAUACACUAGCAGUUUAUUAUGAAGACUCCAAUUACAAUUUAAAAUGUAUUCUAACCUUUCAGUGUAACAUUAGAUAAAUAAAGCACUGUUAAUAGUACUCUUUCGUCUCUUUCUGUCAGGCUUUUUGUAUGCUAUGUUGGAAAGAGAUGGAUGAAUACUUGUAACACGGUAAUAAGACUAAUUAAAUGGAUAAAAUUUAAAAUUGAAUUUACUUGGAAUUAUUUUUGGUAACUAAAUAAAUUCUAUAAUUAAAAUCAAUCUGAAAUAUAAAUUGUACAACAUUGUUUAGUUUUUUUUUAAACGGCACUUUUUCUCUGGUGAUUAAUAUAGUGAAGUUCCCACCAAGUGAUAAAUCAAUGUAUAGUGUAAAGUUAUAAUAAACAGCUUUUUUCACAA